AUGACAACAUAUAUAACAUUGAUAUUCUAUGAUAUUAACAGUAUUAAAGAAGACAUCUGUAAUGGAUUCAGUAAAUAUCCAUGUAUCUUCUUUGAUGAUCAACAAAAUUGUAUUGAUUAUAUUGUAUCAAAAUCAAAAAGUGAAACACUUUUUUUAAUAAUAUCUAUGGUAAGUGCUAUUGAAAUCUUACCAAAUAUACAUGGUUUAAGACAAUUAGAUUCAGUAUUUAUUUAUUCAAAUGGAGAAAAUGAUGAAAAAUUAUUAAAUAAAUAUUCGAAAAUAAUCGGAUUUUUUUCUCAAGAAACAGAUUUAUUUCAAACUAUUGAAGAAAAUAUUGAUUUAACUAUUAAAUCAAUUGAAUCAUUUAAAUUUUAUGAAAAACACCAAAAAUCAACUCGUGAAUUAACAAAAGAAUCAGGUUCAUUUCUUUGGUUAAGAUUAUUCAAAGAUGUCGUUUUAAAAUUACCACAUGAUGAACAAGCAAAAGAAGAAAUGAUUAACAAAUUAAAAGAAUAUUAUCAUAAUAAUAAUUGUCAAUUGAAACUAAUUGAAAAAUUCAGUCAAGAAUAUAAAUCUGAAGAUGCUAUUAAAUGGUAUACAGGACAACCAUUUUUAUAUAAACAAAUAAAUCGUGCUUUACGUACAGAAGAUAUCAAUUUGUUAUACAAAUUUCGUUAUUUUAUAUCUGAUCUUUCGAAAGCUCUUCUUAGUGAAUAUCAAAUAUUAAAAGAUUCAUUUGAUUCCAAAACAUUUUAUCGUGGUGUUAGAUUAUCAAAAGAAGAAGCAAAAAUAUUACAAAAAAAUGUUGAUAAACUCAUAUCUACCAAUGGUUAUUUAUCAACAAGUUUUAAUAGAGAAGUUGCUUUAGCAUUUACUGAUAAAUCAACAGAUACAGAAAUAAGUGUUUUAUUUGAAAUUGAAUGUGAUUUUGUGAACACUAACUCAGUUAUAAUGGCUUCUAUAGCUCAUUAUAGUAACAGUUCAGAUGAAGAAGAAGUUUUAUUUGAUUUAGAUGCAACAUUUCAAAUAUUAUCUAUUGAAAAGGAUUCAUUAUUGAAUAGUUUAAUAGUUAAAAUGAAAGUGACUGAUGAAGGAGCUGCACUUGCUCAAGAAUAUAUUAAAUAUAAUAAUCAAAGAUUUAUGACGACAAGUGUAGUCAUUAUGUUUGGUUAUCUUUUAACUGAAAUUGGACAAUAUGACAAAAGUGAAAAAUAUUUUCAACGUUUAUUAGAAAAUCCAAAUGGAGAAGAUCUACCCGUUAUUUAUUGUUAUAUGGGUGCUGCCAAAAGUCAUCAAGGAGAUUAUGAAACGGCAUUGAAAUAUGAUCAACAAUCAUAUGAUAUGUUAAUAAAUACGCAGCCUCCACGUGAAUUAGCAUCAUCUUAUGUCCUAAAUGAUAUUGGUUGUAUUUUCCAUCGCAAAGAACAUUAUGAUGAUGCUCUUGAUUAUCAUAAACGUGCUCUUAAAAUUAGAAAAACUCAUUCAGAUUAUUUUGGUAUAUCAAGUUCUUUGGGAAAUAUUGGAAUAAUUUAUAGAACAGUUGGCAAAUACGAAGAUGCAUUAGAUUGUCUGAAAGAAUGUCUCAAAGUAAAAGAAAUAUAUCUUCCCGGAAUACAUAAAGAAAUAGCAAAUACAUUAAGUAUUAUUGCUGAUAUAUAUAGUGAUAUGGAUGAACCUGAUAAGUCAUUAGAAUAUCAUCAAAGAAGUUUGAAAAUAAACGAAAAAUGCCUUCCAAAUGGACAUGAAAAGAUUGCAAUAAAUUUAAAUGACAUUGCAACUAUUUUAGGUAAACAAGAAAAAUACGAUAAAGCUUUAGAUUAUUUUAUACGUGCUCUGAAUAUGAAAGAGAAUAUCUUUCCAAAUGGACAUUUAAGUGUUGUUUCAAGUUUAACAAAAAUUGGAUUUAUUUAUUACAAGAAAAAAGAUUAUAUUCUUGCGCUUGAUUAUUUCAACAAAGCAAUGAAAAUGAGAGAAAAAUUAUUGUUGGGAAAAGAUGAUAUUGCUUUAGUUGAUCUUUUAACAAGUUUUGGGUUAGUUUACACGAAAUUACAUCAAUAUGGUAAUGCGUUGGACUAUCAUAUGCGUGCUCUCAAUCGUAGUAGAAUUAUAUUGCCUAGUGGACAUUUUACUCUGACUGAAUGCUUUACUAAUAUUGGUAGCGUUUAUCGAGAAAUGGAAGAUUAUCCAAAAGCAUUUCAAUAUUCCGAAAGCGCUUUAAAAAAUGAGAAGGAAAAUCCCACAAAAGAUAAUUUGCUUCGAUUAGCUCUAACUUAUGAUCAAAUGGGAAUUUGUUUAUCUUGCCAAGGUGACAUUGAAAAUGGAUUAGAAUAUCGAUUAAAAGCUGUAAGAUUACUUGAAAAAGUUUAUCCUCGUAUUCAAUAUGCUAAUGCAGCAGAUACUAUUGGAGAGGUAUACUUCGAAUUCGAAGGAUAA